GGCUGCAAUGCCGGAAGAGAAUCCGCCGCUGCUGAAGUUGUCAACACAACAUGGCUGAAACGCCUAAGCGACAGGACUACUGUCUCUAGACAGGGUCAAGGAGAAAACAGUCGGUAAAUUAUAAGCAAGUGAUUAAGCUUCAAAAAGGGGCAUGUCUAUCAUAUUUUAAGACGAGACUCGUUUAAUUUAAAGACCGAAUUAUGUUAAACAUUACAAGGGCACGUAUCGCCCUGAACGGGGUUGGACGGUGUUUAUUUGCCGAAAAGCACCGAAUUGCUGUAAAAAUAAUCAGCCGAGGGCGAGUGUGUGCAACACAUGCCAACGAUAGUGGUAAAAAUGAGGUUUAUGAUAUUAUAAUAUCAGGAGGAGGGAUGGUUGGCUCUGCAAUGGCAUGCUCAGUAGGUAUGGAUCCCAACUUGAUGGGUAAGAAGGUCCUUCUUCUUGAAGCAGGCAACAAGAAAGUGAUGGAUAAAGUUCCUGACAGCUACAGCACCAGAGUCAGCUCCAUAAGUCCAGGCUCUGCUACACUCCUCAAUGGUAUUGGUGCAUGGGAGCAUAUCACUAACAUGAGAUGCAAGCCCUACAAAAAGAUGCAGGUUUGGGACGCCUGCUCUGAUGCCCUGAUCACAUUUGAUAAGGACAAUCUGGAGGAGGAGAUGGCCUACAUCGUGGAGAACGACGUGGUUGUGGCAGCACUGACUAAACAGCUGGACGGUCUGUCUGAUAUUGUCCAAGUCAAAUAUGGGUCCAAAGUGGUGAAGUACACGUUGCCUAUGCCGCACAAGGCAGUGAGCUCCAUUCCGUGGGUACAGGUCACAUUAGCCAGCGGGGAAACUCUUCAGACCAAGCUGCUUAUUGGCGCUGAUGGACCAAACUCUAUGGUGAGGCGAAAAUUAAGAAUACCUACGGUCAAGUGGAAUUACAACCAAUCUGCUGUGGUAGCUGUGCUGCAUCUAUCAGAGCCCACAGAGAACAAUGUGGCAUGGCAAAGGUUCCUCCCCACAGGACCUAUCGCAAUGUUACCGCUGUCAGACACAAAGAGUUCUCUGGUUUGGUCAACCAGUCAUUAUCUUGCUGAGGAGCUUCUGGAGCUGGAUGAGGAGUGUUUUGUUGACGCCAUUAACUCCGCCUUUUGGAGUAACGAGAACCAAUCGGAGCUGGUCGAGACUGCAGGGUCACUGUUCCGCAGCGCCCUCUCUGCCAUCAUGCCGUCUUCAGGCUCACCUCGCCAACUACCCCCGAGUGUGGCGGGCAUUGGCCCCAAAUCCCGUGUCAUGUUCCCCCUCAGCAUGGGCCAUGCAUCGGAGUACGUUAGGCACAGAGUGGCACUCAUUGGGGACGCUGCCCAUCGUGUCCAUCCUCUGGCCGGUCAGGGAGCCAAUCUGGGUUUGGGGGAUGUGGCUUGCCUCACACAGCUCCUGAGCCAGGCAGCCUUUAACGGGAAGGACCUGGGAGCAAUACAGCACCUGUUAGAGUAUGAAACAGAGCGCCAGCGGCACAACCUGCCCAUGAUGGCCGCCAUCGACCUCAUGAAACGACUUUAUUCUACCGACGCCGCACCUGUGGUUCUCCUCCGCACCCUCGGCCUGCAGGCGACCAACGUGCUUCCCUCACUAAAAGAACAGAUCACAGCGUUUGCAAGCAAGUGAGGCCAAGCACAUCAUCUCCAAUGUUUCUAAAAGGAAAUAAAAGUACAUUUAAUAAAGAUUUAUUUUGCCCCUUGGAA